AUGCCCAGGCAAAACUACUCAACAGUGACCGAGUUCGUCCUGCUGGGACUCACAGACCGAGCAGACCUGCAGCCUGUGCUGUUCGCAGUCUUCUUACUCAUCUAUGUUAUCACCAUAAUCGGGAACCUGACCAUGAUUUUCCUAAUCAGAACUGACUCAAAACUGCACACUCCAAUGUACUUCUUCCUCAGCCACCUCGCCUUUGUAGAUCUCUGUUACGCAACUACUGUCACCCCUCAAAUGCUGGUGAAUUUCUUAUCCAAGAGGAAAACCAUUUCCUUUGUUGGCUGCUUUAUCCAAUUCCACCUUUUCAUAGCUCUGGGGAUCACAGACUAUUACAUGCUGACGGUGAUGGCCUACGACCGCUACGUGGCCAUCUGCCAGCCCUUGCUCUAUGGCAGCAAAAUGUCCAGAUGUGUGUGUGUGUCUCUCGUUGCUGCUCCUUACCUUUAUGGCUUUGCAAAUGGCUUGGCACAAACCAUCCUGAUGCUUCGCCUGACCUUCUGUGGACCCAAUGAGAUCAAUCACUUCUACUGUGCUGACCCCCCGCUCUUGGUCCUUGCCUGCUCAGACACGUACAUCAAAGAAAUGGCCAUGUUUGUGGUGGCCGGGUCCAACCUCACCUGCUCUCUGGGCAUCAUCCUGGUCUCCUACGUGUUCAUCUUCGUAGCCAUCCUGCGCAUCCGCUCUAGACGAUGA